AUGGACGAUGGACCGGAUGCACCCUCUUGUGUGGAUGCUGAUCUAUCGCUAGAAAGGAACAGCGAGAUAGCUUUGGAUGACGGGGGCGCAGGCACACAAUCAAACGAUCUACAGGAUUCCUCGUCCGGCAACUUGGAGGAUGUUCUGGCUGAGUAUGGUGGGUUUUUAUACUCAAGUGGAACCAACGAAGUUACACUGGAUGCUAGACAAAAGCGAAAUCGACAUGUGAGCUCUCGCUUAGUGGUGUCUCAGCUUGUCAGAGAGGGAGUGAUACUGAUGGUGAAGUUUUUUCAGAUCGCAUCGGUCAUCUGUUCGAUGGUCAGCUUUGCUGGAAACCGACGACAUAAUGGUUUACAGCUCGAGAAUUCCAUCCGUUUCUAUGCUUGUGGGGUCUCGGAAACAGUCAACGAAUAUCUUCACUACCUUGGUUUAACAUCACACAGGAAGACCGCUGUUCAUGCCCUACGUUCCUUGGCAUCAGAAGCGCAAGACAAAGUUGCUUCUUGCAUGGCUCUUUCUAAUCACAUGGCUCCAAUCCUGUGCAUUGACAACCUGGACAUGGAGGAGAGAAUUCAGCUUGCGACCGUUGGAAAACAGAAUCGCAUGUUCCAUGGGACCUGGGGAUACAUCCAUCUCCCAAGUAAAAACUUAAUGCAAAGGCUUGACCCAAACGAGAUCACCUUAAAAGCGUACCAUGAUUCACUCCGUGGGGUCGGCUCUUUGGUGAUUGACCCGAACAUGUUUCUUCCGAGUGAUGACGACCAAGAUCACUACAUUAAGGUAGUUAAAAGCCAGAUUGCAAGGGCAAUGCACAACCAUGAGAAGCCCGAGAUUCACAUGCUCCAGCUGAUGAAUGAGUCCGACAACUCAGCCGAAGGGAUUGGACAGGUGAUGGACGCCUUGCAGAGACAAAGCCGGCUAGACCCUGAAGAAUUCUUUGGUCGGUUGCAGCUGAUUGACGGCGACCUCGGGACUGCUCAGAUAUUCAACGCAAUCCGUGUCCUUCGAUCUCCAAGUGAAUAUUGUGAUCAUAGUCUGAACAACAUCUCCUUCACACUGGGGGCCGCACACACAUUGUGGAACAUUGCUCACACCAUAUUGACUUACCACUUUGGCAACUCAUCAUCCAUGGACGACCUCGGGGUAUGGCGAUACUUGGAGGCACUUGGUAUCCCACCGGAGAAUGUUGCCCAGAAAAAGGAUUUCACCAAGAUGCUCCAGUACAUGGAACAGGUACAUGAAGCAACCUUAUGGUACUGCCUCAGGGAUGUGAUGGAUCAGCAAGACCACGAGAUCAAGCAAGAUUUGCCAGUUAUUCCAACAUCAGAUUGGAACAACAUUGUCAACUUGUGUUAUGAGAGGUUCUUCUCACAUGAUGCUAGACGGAAGGCUCGCUCUUCACCUAAGCUGAACAACUUAUUGGUCCGGCUUCAAGAUUUUUCAACAGUCAUUGAGGCAAACCGAGCAAUGAAGAGAGGGGAUAUCGGCCGGCUCAUCAAUGUGUGGAGGAUGUGGUCAAUCAUGACACAAUCACUUCCUGGGCUCACACACUAUUCAGCUUAUUUGCCCAGGCUGAUCCUAUUACUUACUGAGAUUCUUCCCCCAUCGUUGUCUCUGCUCAUCCGGCACAGCAUUUUGGUCUCGCCAAGUGGUCGACCAAACCACUUUGUGGCCAAAGACUUCCUAUUGGAAAAUCAUAACUACUGGCUCAAAUAUUUUUACACUCGGGGCGGCAUUGGGACACAGAUCGGACGACUACAAGAACUAUUCUCUUCAAAUAUUCCAACACUUCGAACUAUGUUUGAUUCGUUGCGGUUGGACAGUGGUGCAAAGCACAUUCAACAAAGCCAUAAGCCGCUACUCACUCUACGAGCACUUGAGCGUUUUCACCAAAUGGCUGAAGUAAACAGGAUCCUUGACGUGAAGUCAAAAGCUGGGGCGAUUGAGCCAUUAGGCAUACCAAAUACCUACAUUGAGGGGGUAAGAUUACUACAAGAAGAAGUCCACGGAAAGCCUAGCGAACUCGGUCGGUUCAAAUUACACCUACCCUUUGAUGAGCAGUGUGCAACACCACCAAGUGAUUCUGCGGAGUCACCCCCGGGUGGGUCUGACCAGACGCCAGAUAUGGAAGAUAUGCAAGAAGAUCAAAUUGGUUCAGCCUCAACAGACAAUUCAAUGAGUGGUUCAUCUAUGGACGAACACAUGACUUACGGCUGAAAUAUUUGACCAAUCAUGGGCCACUAGAAUUCAUCGCCCUCGAUGAAUACUUUCAACUCCUCGUCUCUCAGCGUCCUCGCCUGCCAGACGAACCAGUGUUGCCAUGUGUAGUGCCUGCUCAGCCUUCCAAGCUUCAUCGGCCUCCUUCCGCUUCAUACGCCUCUCUGACUCCAGCCGCAUCUGUUCUUCCAUCCGUUCAUUCUCCAGCCUCUUUUGAUUAUCAAGGAUGUGAAUCUGUUC